UGGUUCAACUGAACAACAGGUUUCUACAGCAGAAAUAUGUUCUUAGCAGAUAGAUAGCUACCUUCGAUUUGUUUGCGGGAAAUAACCUGGCUCAAGUUGGCUCUGUCUUUUUCCCCUGAAAUUGAUAGGAAUAAUUAUAGGCUGGAAACUUAGCUUACAUUGGGCUAGAUUGACAGCUGCAAAGCAGAAGGAGAAAGCAGCAUGCCAAAACGCUAUGGGACGAUUGUUUCUCCACAUAAGGAGCCAAGGGAUGCUGCUAACAGAAGUUCCAGGAGAUUGUCAGGCCAUGGCAAUGAUGCAAUGCUGAAUCAGCAAGGGCAGAAUGAUGUUUCAGAUCAUGAGGGAGGGCAGAGUAACGGAAACUCAACUGCAGUGGAGGAGAUUUACCUUCCACCUCAACUAGGGAGCUCAAAAUGGCAACAGAGAAGAGGUACAGGCAGUGGGGCCAACCUGGACUCAACAGAGAGGUACACUGUGGACAUCAGUAAUACAAGCCUGGAGGUAGAGAGGACAGUGUCAGAGAGUAAAAAAAGCCCCCGCAAAAUGAACCUCCUGCACCGGUCGAGUACAGCCUUGUGCAAACUUGGACUGUCUGAGGCGGAGAUCAAAACGGAGAUAGAGAAUGACAAGUUGGAGCUGGUCAGAGACCUAGUGAAGAUGCCACGUAAGCCAAGAGCCCAGGCCAUACGAUCGCUGCCAGUGAGCUGUGACGAGAAGAGGAACAUUAGGAAUAGAGUGCUCCAAGCAAAGUUUUCCAAAGACUCCGUCAAGCGCACAUGUUGCACAGACUGCUCGGAGCGAGUCUCACUGUCUUUACGCAGGUGGUGGCUGCACGUGUGGCACGGCGCCCUGAAGGAGAUUGGCGGUUGGUUCGACUCGGCCGUCCUCACCUACUUCUGCUUCAUCAAGUGGCUGUUCAUGUUCAACGUCUUCCUGCUGGCCUUCAACCUGAGCUUCAUCACCGUGCCCGAGAUUGUGCACAUGUACAACAGCACCACCAACAGCACCUUUGAAGGCCUGGACCUGCUCACUGCCGCUGGUUACUUUCACAAGUCAAUCAUGUUUUAUGGAGGCUAUAAUGGUGAGGUGAUAAAGGCUGGCUCUUAUGACAUGCAGCUGGCAUAUCUGUUAACCAUGUUAACAUAUAUGAUGCUGUGUGGCAUAUCUAUUGUGUACAGUUUGGGUAAAUCAGUGUGGAAGAACGUGAUUGUUUAUAGCCCUGCCACGGGUGGUGCGUGGCGUCUGUUAUGCAGCUGGGACUUCAGCAUCUUGAAUGAGAAGGCCAUCCACAGCUUCCAGAAGAAGCUGUUUAUCCAGAUCAAGGAGUCCUUAUUGGAUACCACAGAGAAGACUGUGCUUAGUACGCCAGACAGGUUGAGAAAUGUCUCUCUCCAUCUUGCUGCAUGGCUGCUGUACAUUGGCCUGGCGUUUGUCUCCUGUGCUGCUGUCUAUGUUUUGUCCACAUAUAACCUAGAAAUUAAGGUGGCUCUGCAUGCAAGAGACUUGAAAUCUGAGGCCUUUUUUCUGUUUCUGCCAAUUCUGGUUUCGUUCAUCAAUCUGGUGAUUCCUCUGCUCUAUGCAUUCAUCUCCCGAUUAGAAAACUACGAGAACCUCCGUGCAAAGCUGUAUGCCGGCCUGGCCAGAGAUGUCUUGCUGAAGAUGUCGAUUCUGGGAAUCCUGUGUUACUACUGGUUGACUGAUGUACCCAGUAACCUCUCUUGCUGGGAGUCUUUUGUGGGUCAGGAUGUUUACCGAAUGGCCAUCGCUGACUUUCUGUUCAGUGUGCUGGGAUGCAUCUUUGGAGAGUACUUGGGCAGCUUGAUCGGAACCAAGUGCAUGAAAACUCUUAAACCGCCAGAAUUUAAUAUCACCAGAAAUGUUCUCGAUCUGAUCUAUGCCCAGACACUGGUUUGGAUUGGGGUGUAUUUUUCUCCUCUGUUGCCAAUCAUUCAGAUAGUCAAGUUGUUCAUCAUAUUUUACAUGAAGAAGGUGAGCAUCAGUCUGAUCUGCCGGCCGUCCACUCGAGCAGGCCUCGCCGCGGAGAUGAAAACUGCCUUCACAGCGUUGCUCUUCUUCCCCUCGUACAUCGGCUCUUUGUUCAUAAUGGGCUACACAGUGUGGAGUCUAAAGCCCUCUGCCCACUGCGGGCCUUUCCAAGGAUUGGAUGCGCCCAUAGAUGCCGUGUCCAAGCUUGUGAUUCAGGGCAAGCUCCUGUUAUUGCUUCUAUCGAUCAUGCUCAUCGUCCUGUAUUUUUUCUGGCAAGUGGUUCAGGACCGGAAACGGCUCAUCAGCCUCCUGCGUGAGCAGAUCAUCAACGAGGGGAAAGACAAGGCCUUCCUGCUGGGGAAACUGCGCAUGGCACAGGGGGGCACGGCCAGACCUCAGGUGCACUUCCUGGAUGAGGGGGCACAGGCUGUCAAAAGGCCGACGACGUUCAGAGUGCCCCAGAGCACGGCAGGCCCCAGGGGGCUCAGAAAGGGUAGUAGAGUAGGGCCAAGCAGGCCAGCAGCAGCAGAGAGUGCCCAGGCGUCCGCCCCAGCCCCGACCCCAGUGCAGCCCACGCCUGCCGCGUCUGUGGAGUCUCCACAACAGCAGCCGCAGCGCGCGUCUGAUCGGAGAGCCUCCACUGCGGCACAGGGGAACAGCCCGGCGCGGUCAGCCGGCCAAGGCCAAAGCCCCCGCGCCGCCCCCGUGGAGAGGCAGCCGGAGAGCCCCGGUGUGGGUAAGGGCAGCCGGGUGGAGUGCUGGGUGGAGGACGAGAGGCCGGACAAGCAGGGCUCCUCCCCAGCUCCUCCGACUCCUGCUCCCCAGCUAGCCUGGGGCAGCACGACCACAACACCCCCGAGGUUCCCCCGACUAGAGCCCCUUACUACGCGUGGUGCCCAGGCAGCACUGACCAGACUGUCAGACAGGACUCCCAGACCCAAACGCUGACAUGAAUCACAUCAGGGAAAUCAGGGGUUACUUUUAUGUCAGAUAGAUUACAUUUUCUUUAUUGGUGGUAUUCUAGAAUUCUUAGUCUUUGGGCCUAAUUUCCAGUGGCUAUGAAGAUGAUGCUGAAAUUGUUAGCUGCGAUUAUUGUAUGCUUUGUUUUUGGAACUUACAUGUUCACUUUUUCUCUAUGUGUUUUCUCCUCAGGAGUGUUGUGAUGAUUUCAGUUCUUGAUUCCAUCAUAUUGGAUUAAUAGGGUAAAUGUUUACAUGUUUCUGACACAAUAUGACCAGAAUUGCCUCAUUAUUGUAUCCUAAUGACAAUAAACUG